GAUUAUUCUUGAGAUUAUUUUGUCUUUUCUCGGAAAGUAUGAGGAAAUUUUAUGUAAAACGAAAUCAAAAUUUAUACACAUUUCUUGUAUUCUCUAGAUUAUGCGUCGACGCGUCUACAAAAACUGAUCAACUACAAGAAAUUGAAAAUAAUUAAGUAAAUGAGAAAAAUUAAGUAUAAAUUAAUAUUUUUUAGAAAAAAUUAUAUAAUUUUCAAGUCGAUUUUACUCUUAUGAUCGUUACCUGAUUACCUGAUACGUUAUCUGACUUUUUACACUUCUGAUUAAUCAAUAUAGUAGUCGCCUGUAAUUGUACUUUAUGUACUUUUGUUCUUUUUGUCUUUAAUAUUUAAUUAUAUACUUAUUUAAUUUUAAACGAUAUAACAAAUAUAACAAUAGUUACAAAAAAAUAAAGAGAAAGAGAGUUCAUACCGUCCGUUGUUUAAGACGGCGUCUUACAGUGAAGAUACACUCCUUUUGCGUGUAACCACGUGGUUAUCUUUCGGAAUAUACCAUGGAAAACAAUAUUAAAACAAUGUCAAAUCCUGAUUUGGAAGCAUUUGAGAAGCGAGCGACUGCAGCGGAGAAGGAGAUACAUCACUUGAAGCAACAAAUUGUAUUGUUACAAGAAAGCGUUAAACCAAAUGGCUCUCACAAUUCCAAUGUAAAUAUGGAGGAGUUUGAGAACUUGCAACGAGAAAAUGUCAAACUGAAGCAUAGGAUAGAGAUACUCAAGAAUGUUGUGGAGGAAGAAAGGAUGAAAGCAGGCCUCAGCCAGUCCAGUAUCUUCUCAACCGAAUUUUCAAUUUGCAUACACAGUGUCCUUUGCGAGCUGUUCACGGAUGCUAUUAAAGCUGCUUUUCCCGAGGUGAUAAACGCACCGGUAAUAGUGACCAGUACCACCAAUGUCAAGUUCGGGGAUUAUCAAUGUAACAGCGCAAUGCCUCUGGUGCAACACCUGAACUUUAUUGGUAAGAAAACAAACCCUCGCGCCAUUGCUAACGCAAUCUUAGGCAAAUUAAAAGAGUCGCCUGUUGUCGAGAAGUGCACCAUAGCUAGCGUCGGUUUCCUAAAUGUAAAUAUCAAGCGCGACUUUGCACAGCAUACCCUGAGCAGCUGGCUGAGGCAAGGCAAAGUUCCUCCGCCGCAAGUCACGAGAAAGAAGGUGAUCGUCGACUUCUCCAGUCCAAAUAUCGCCAAGGAAAUGCACGUGGGACACUUGAGGUCCACUAUAAUCGGGGACAGCAUUGCCCGGAUACUGGAGUACUUGGGCCACGACGUGUUGAGACUCAAUCACGUGGGUGAUUGGGGUACGCAGUUCGGCAUGCUGAUAGCGCAUCUCCAAGACGAGUUCCCCGACUAUCUGACCGUCGCGCCUCCGAUCCAGGAUCUUCAGGCUUUCUAUAAGGCCUCCAAGACCAGAUUCGAUUCGGACGAAGAGUUCAAGAAACGUGCGUACGAAUGCGUCGUCAAGCUUCAAGCUUUCGAGCCCGAGAUAACAAAAGCGUGGGAAAUGAUAUGCGACGUAUCUAGGCAAGAAUUUAAUAAACUGUAUACCCGACUGGACAUCAAAGCGACGGAGAGAGGCGAAUCGUUUUAUCAAAAGCACAUGGAAUCACUAGUCACGUUCCUGGAAUCGCGGAAUUUAUUGGAGGAAGAUGAAGGACGAAAGGUAAUGUGGGGGGAGGACAGGAGCAACGGAGUACCUUUAACCAUAGUGAAAUCCGAUGGCGGUUUCACGUACGAUACGUCGGAUCUGGCUGCUAUUAGGCAACGUAUCGAGGACGAGAGGGCAGAUUGGGUGAUAUACGUGACGGAUGCUGGACAAUCGCUACACUUUCGAAUGGUGGAGAGUUGCGCUAAGAGGGCAGGUUUCCUGAAGAGCUUCCAUAAAAUGGAUCACGUCGCCUUCGGUGUUGUUUUGGGUGAGGACAAGAAGAAAUUCAAAACGAGGUCCGGCGAUACCGUGAGGCUCGGCGAGCUGUUGGAUGAAGGCUUGAGGAGGUCGUUCAGCAAACUGAAGCAGAAAGGACGUGACGAAGUGCUGUCCGACGAGGAUCUCAAAACCGCCCAGGAAUCCAUAGCGUACAAUUGCAUAAAGUAUGCCGAUUUGGUGCACAACAGGAAUCACGAAUAUGUGUUCGCGUUCGACAAGAUGCUGGAGGACCGCGGCAACACCGCUGUGUAUCUGCUGUACGCCCUGACUCGCAUUCGCUCAAUCGCCCGAACGGCGAGGAUGCCACGAUACCAGAUGCGAGAGCUACUGGACAAGACGCCGAUCUCGCUGGAGCACAAGAACGAAUGGCGACUGGCUAAGGCGCUGCUCAAGUUCCCGGACGUGAUUCUCGAAGUCAGCAAGGACAUGUACCUGCACCCGUUGUGCGAGCUUUGCUACGAGAUUGCGUGCACGUUCACCGAGUUCUACGAUACCUGUUAUUGCAUAGAAAAGAACGAGCACGGCGAGAUCACGAAGGUGAACACGGGGCGUAUCCUGCUCGCGGAGGCUACCGCGAUGGUCCUAGAGAAGUGCUUCAACCUGUUGGGCUUGAAACCUGUCGAACGAAUGUGAAGCAGUGAAAACGUUUUCGAUUACUUUGCCACCGUAAUCAAAGAAGUACGCAGAAAUUUCAUUUGACACCGCAAUUUAAUUUAACUAAAGGAAGAAUACCAAUCUCCUAUUUCCUUUUCUUUUUCUUUUUCUUUUAUGUACUUUAGGAAAACUUGGUAAGUUAAUGCAAGUCUCCUGCUACAGAAGUAUAUAUAUUUAUUCCAAAUUUUUAUAUAAAGCAUUAUAAAUGUAAGGAGAAUAAUAAAUUAUAAUAAAUAAAACAUAAUUAAUAGGAAAGAUAAGUGUCUAGAUCAAGGCUGCGUAUGUUGCAUCACUUCGUAUGAUGAGAGUUCACUGAUGUUGCAUCAGCUUUGCUUCCCACUUCCUGCUUUAUCCUUCAAUAGCGAUGUAUCAACUUUAGUCUGAGUUUAAACGUGCGUUUAAAUUAUACGCGCGCAUAACCAAGGCAAAUGUUGAUAAACUUGAGAAAUUGAUUGAUCGCGUGAGUGAGUGAGAAUACAGAUGCACUUUCUUUCACAGCGAUACGUAACGAAGUAUAUCUGGUCGCGGCCUUCUAAUCCCCCCCCCCCCUGCGUACGAUCAGUUCUGCAUAUCCACGUGUUCGAUACGUGUGAUUCGCUUCGUACGACAUAUGCGACAGUGAAUUAUUAUUCGGAAUAAACGCUGCCACGAU